AGAAAUCCACGAAAGCUGGAAAACAGAACGCCAUCUACUCCCUAGAAGAAGAAGAAGGCAUCUGAGUGUGAUCUAGGGGAGAAAUCUCCGCGGACAAUAAGGCAUUGAAGAUUAAAAUCAAGGAUAUUUUUAUCAAACUUUCUUUGUGGAUUGAAACUGACUAGAAGAAACAGCACCCUCUGGACUAAAUCUGAACAAUGGAGACCACAAGAGCAAAAACGCCAGAGAAAAGGCAAGUCGUUUUUCUUACUAUGUUGUUGCUAUUGUGGAAGUCUGGUGCUGAGGCAAUUAGAUAUUCCAUGCCAGAAGAAACAGAGAGUGGCUAUUUGGUGGCUAAUUUGGCAAAAGAUCUGGGACUCGGGGUUGGAGAACUAGCCAUUAGAGGAACACGAAUCCAUUAUAGAGGAAACAAAGAGCUCUUGCAGCUGGAUGCAGAGACUGGGAAUUUAUUCCUCAAGGAAAAACCAGACCGUGAGGCGCUGUGUGGGGCGACAGAGCCCUGUGUGCUGCACUUCCAGAUCAUACUGGAAAACCCUGUGCAGUUCUUCCAAACUGAACUGCAACUCACUGAUAUAAACGACCACUCUCCAGAGUUCCUUGACAAGAAAAUGCUACUAAAAAUCCCUGAGAGUGCCCAGCCAGGGACCGUGUUUCCUCUGAAGGCAGCUCAGGACCCUGACAUAGGGAGCAACGCUGUUCAGAACUACACAGUCAGUCCCAACCUUCAUUUCCAUGUCGUUACUCACAGUCGCUCAGAUGGCAGGAAAUACCCAGAGCUGGUGCUGGACAGAGCCCUGGACAGGGAGGAGCAGCCUGAGCUCACUUUAAUCCUCACUGCUCUGGAUGGGGGAGCCCCGCCCAAGUCUGGGACUACCACGGUUCAAAUUGAAGUCGUGGACAUCAAUGAUAAUGUCCCCCAGUUUAUACAGUCACUCUAUGAGGUGCAGAUUCUCGAAAAUAGCCCCCUUGAUGCCUUAGUUGUCACAGUCUCUGCUAGGGAUUUAGAUGCUGGCAUACAUGGCAAUGUAGCCUAUUCUCUGUUUCAAGGUGAUGGAGGUUCUCAACCAUUUGUAAUAGAUGAAAUCACAGGAGAAAUCCGUCUGAAAGGGACAUUGGAUUUUGAGGCAACUCCACAUUAUAACAUGGAAAUUGUAGCUACAGACACAGGCGGCUUUUCAGGAAAAUGCACUGUAGCUAUACAGGUGGUGGACGUGAACGACAAUGCCCCUAAACUCACCAUAUCUUCGCUCACUACUUCCAUCCCAGAAAAUGCUCCUGAGGCCGUAGUUGCUGUUUUCAGUGUCUCUGACUCGGAUUCUGGGGAAAAUGGAAGGAUGGUUUGUUCUAUUCAGAAUGAACUUCCAUUUCUUUUGAAGCCCACAUUUGAGAAUUAUUAUACUUUAAUAACAGAGGGGCCACUGGACAGAGAGAGCAGAGCUGAGUACAACAUCACCAUCAUGGUCUCUGACCUGGGCACACCCAGGCUCACAACCCAACACACCAUAAUAGUGCAGGUGUCUGACAUCAACGACAAUGCCCCUGCCUUUGCCCAAACUUCCUACACCAUGUUCGUCCACGAGAAUAACAGCCCCGCCCUGCACAUAGGCACCAUCAGUGCCACUGACUCAGACUCUGGCUCUAAUGCCCACAUCAGCUACUCGCUGCUGCCUACCAGUGAUCCCCAGCUGGCCAUCACCUCUCUUGUCUCCAUCAAUGAAGACAGUGGGCAGCUGUUUGCACUCAGAGCGCUGGACUAUGAGAUCCUGCAGGCCUUCGAGUUCGGCGUGGGUGCCACAGACCGUGGUUCACCCGCCCUCAGCAGCCAGGCUCUGGUGCGCGUGGUGGUGCUGGAUGACAAUGACAAUGCGCCCUUCGUGCUCUACCCACUGCAGAACGCCUCUGCACCCUGUAAGGAGCUAGUGCCCAGAGCUGCGGAGGCAGGUUACUUGGUCACCAAGGUAGUGGCUGUGGACCGCGACUCUGGCCAGAAUGCCUGGCUGUCUUUUCAGCUGCUCAAGGCCACGGAGCCCGGGCUCUUCAGCGUGUGGGCACACAAUGGCGAGGUGCGCACCACCAGGCUGCUGAGUGAGCGCGAUGUGCCCAAGCACAGGCUGCUGCUACUGGUCAAGGACAAUGGAGAGCCUCCUCGCUCUUCUACAGUCACGCUGCAUGUGUUGCUGGUGGAUGGCUUCUCUCAGCCUUACCUGCCUUUGUCUGAAGUCGUGCAGGACCCCACUCAGGAAGGUGAUGACGCUCUCACGCUUUACCUGGUCAUUGCCUUGGCAUCUGUGUCUUCACUCUUCCUCUUCUCUGUCUUGCUCUUCAUUGGGAUGAGGCUGUGCAAGAAGGCCAGGGGGGCUUCUCUGGGUGUCUGCUCUAUGCCUGAGGGACACUUUCCUGGCCACCUGGUGGAUAUCAGCAGAACAGGAACUCUGUCCCAGAGCUACCAGUAUGAAGUGUGUCUGACUGGAGACUCUGGAACUGGUGAGUUCAAAUUCCUUAAACCCAUGAUCUCCAACCUAAUGGUUCAGGACCCUGGGAGAGAAAUGAAGGAAAGUCCGCACUGCAGGCAUAGCAUUGUAUUCAGUUAACUGCUGUAUUUGUUUUUGAAAUCUAUUGAAAUAUUGUCUUAAAGAAAGUGAAUCACUUUAACUAAGUAUUGACACUGUAAUCAAAGCAUAUGCAUGUCCUUCAUUACCAAAAGGUUUACUUCUUUCUCAAUAUCUACCGUACUUAGUAUUUUUAAUUUUAGUAGAUAUUAAGGGCAUAGCUUACAUUUUGCUUUAACUCAAGUAUUACACAAUAAAAUUUUAUGUCAUC